CUUCCCCCCUUUCACGCAUGAGACGAGCUCAGCCGCAAUUUAGCUUCCCCUUCUGUCGAAAAGCUUUAAUGGGCGUGGGUUCGAAUCUCCUGAGUGGCCAGCCUUGCCUCUCUCCAGCUGCGCCGCAUGUACGGUCGAAAUAAUAAGUACCAAGAUGUGAGACGUGUGGGCUGCGAAGGGGAUGUCCUUGAACAUCCGUGAAGAUAUUCCGACCUUCAACCACUUCAUGUCGACCCUCCAGCCUGUUAUACCCUAAUUCCGCAUCUGCGAAGAUGCCUAUCCCAAACAAACACCCAGCCGCGAAUUUUUCGCGCUUAUCCACGUCAGAAGAAACAGUUUACAUAAGUCCAGCGUCCCUCUCUGAGCACUUCCCCGCCCCUUCAUACAAGGCCGGACCUGUCGAUAUGGGACCUGGGGGAAUCGAAAUGAGGCAGACUUUUGUACGGCAAAACACGAAUCCGUCGUUUCCAGGCCAAGGCCCUUCAGAGACCCAAUCCUUCCUUCACGAUCCUGUUCACAAAAUCGAUACUUUCUACACCUCGAACGAGUUUCAACCAUACAAAGACAAUACUGGGAGGCAAUUGAGGCAUAUUUUGGUGGCUGGUUCUGCGCGAUGGGCGAUCACAGCGGUAAUGUGUAUCUGCUAUGUGGCAGCAACCCUUAUCUGGAAGCACAAACCUGCGCAGAGUGAAGGAUCGAAGCGAGUGUACAACACGAUUACGACGGGAAUUAGUAUCGCGCUCGGUUUGAACAUUGCGAGCGCGUUCAAGGAUAUGGCGUUGAACAUAAGAUGGGUGAUACUGAGCAACCGAAAACGCAAUCUCGUUGAGAUGGACCUCAUCCUACACGCAGACUCUAUGCAGAGGCUUUUUAAGCUUGUAUUUGUAACUCGACGCCCUAUGGUCAUCUUGGGAUGUCUAUUUUGGCUAUUCAUCAAUAUUCUUGCCCAAGCUGGAAUUGCUAUGAUCUCACUCACAUAUGGCUUCAAUCCCGAUACCAACCAUGUACAAUACCUCCCCGGGUUGGUUUCCUAUCCCAAUAUGACCUAUUUCUUUCCCCAAGGAAUCGACACCACUAGUCCUUCCUGGCAGGAUCAGGCAUGGACGGCCCACAUGUACGGAGAAUCAGCUUUCAUCUUUGGGGUAGGCAACGACACUACACCAGUGCCUCGUGCCGGAGAGGUGUACCAAUCCGACUACCAGAUUUUCCCCAAUGUAACUGACAGCGUGGUACAAUUUAUUUUCUCGGACUCUCCUACUGAGGCCGAGUACCCUGGCCCUAAUUCCGUCUACACAACGAGGUUGAUCAACUCUACAUACGCAUGUGAGUCUCACAAAGUGACUAAGGGCGGGGACGGCACGACCCUCGACAUCAUAGUGGACACCCUGGGGAACGUCACAAUCUUCACUAUGAUCCCAAACUCCAGAGCGAUGCAAUACUGGGUUACGAGUAAUAGUACCUGCCCUGGCAACACUCGAUGCCAAGUUGUGCAGGCUUUCGAGUCGUCUGAUACCGAUCCUUGGUACUACAAAUGCAACAUCACCGUUGGUAUUACUCUCGGGGAUGCCCAGAACCUCUCGUACGUUUCGGACGAGAUGGCUCAGAUUGCCGCGAGCGCAAUUGCGCAGACCGGCUUUGUCGACGGCGAUGGCGAGACAGGAAAUAUCUACCCGCCAGAAAGCCCUUGGGGAGUCCCGCUUGAGGGAGACGCUUCACUCAUGGGGUCCAGCCUGUCGACUUUUGCCAUAGGCGCGAUUGAUGGGGCGUCAGUCCAAAAUAAAUUCGCAUGGUACGAUGGCAUGACCCCGAGCCCAGGCGUCGUCCUUGAGGUUGGGCACCAAAAACUCUUCUACGCGAUCCUCGGCGCCAUUACUGGGGCGCACUUGUUCUUCUUAUUACUCGUGGCGUACUUGGCGAACAGUGUGAAGGUUGGCCCCGAGGGAGCGCUCUCGAUGGCAUUGUUAUUGAGACCGAUCGCAGAUGCGCUUGAUGGGGUCAGCGGUGGGAAGGAAAACCAAGCGUUGAAGGAUGCGAAGAAAAAUACAAUGAUUAGAUAUGAGAAGGGACCUAAUGGGAAAUGGAAAGUGAAUAUGUGUUGAGGGCAAUCGGUGGACUGGCGUUUGUGUAGAAGGAAGGUUUGGACGAACUGUUUUGUUUAGAAAGAUACCCGGUGUAAAGGACCAUCAGCUUAGCGUUUUAUAUUUGUCGUUUCCUCGACUAGAAAAGUACUUUAUCUAAGAUCAUUCCUUCUAG